AUGACGAGAUCUACACAUGUUCCCGCUCCGAAACAUGGUGCAGGACGUCCACGCAAGAGGACAUUGGAAUCCCUGGCGACGGAGUCACCAGAGAUGUCUGCUGGGGUCGAGCCUGUCGGUCAGGGACAGACUCCACAUGGUGUUACGGGCGCGUCGGGCUCUCAGACUCCGAUGGCACCAGAGGUACCUACCCCGACCGUACCCACCGUACCCACUCCUACAGUAUUCACAGUGCCACCAGCAGUGCCACCUACGACAUAUCCGGCACCUCCUCCAGCCGUACCUACAGCAUAUCUGACACCUCCUCCAGUGGUACCACCGGCAUACCCGGCACCUACUCCAGUCGUGCCCACUGUGUACCCGGUACCACCACUUACUGUACCUCCAGCCGCGCCCACCUAUAUUGACCCUGCAGUGCCACCAACGACACCUGCCCCAGCUUAUGCAGCAGCACCGGGGAUACCUCCCUCGACCUAUCCAAUGGUACCACCUGUAGUCCCAAUUCCAGUGGUUCUGCCAGUUCCCGCAACAGUGCCUACUCACCUUACUGAUAUAGUUGCGGCACGAGCUCGGAUCCUAGCUUUGGCAGAGUCAAUGAAAAGUUGA